AGCAACCAGAGAGAGAGCACAUCGACAAAAGAAAGAUCACAAUAUAAAGAUCUCAUCUUCUCUUCUCCCUUCUUUUCUCCUCUGUGUGUUUUCUCUCUAUUCUGUGUUUUCAGAAGAUUUCAAUUUCAAACAAAAAGUUCCAUUAGUGUUGGGCCUGGUUUAAAAAAAAGUCGAUUAAAGAUGGAUAACAGAGUUGAAUCAUCUUACGUGUUUAAUUUCCCCGGCGAUAAUCCCGAUGAAUCUCCGGCGAUACCUAGUUGGUUAUCUCCAUCUGAUUCUUCCUCUUCUCCUUGUUCCUCUGCUUCUUCUUCUUCCAUUGGGAUGAACAGCGACGACGACGGUGAGAAGUCGUCGGAAGACGGUGGUGAUGACGCCGGAGAUAACGAAGUUGAGUCACCGUUCAAAGGCUCUCUUGAAAUGAUGGAAUCUCUCGAACAAGUCUUACCUGUUAGGAAAGGGAUAUCGAAGUAUUACAAUGGGAAGUCAAAGUCUUUCACGAAUCUAAAGGAAGAGGCAUCGUCGGCGUUGACUUCUUCUUCUUCGAUGAAAGAUUUAGUAGCGAAGCCGGAGAAUCCUUACAGUCGGAGGAGGAGGAAUCUUCUCUGCCAUCAGAUUUGGGAGAACAACAACAACAGCAAGACCACUCCACGUGGCGGGAUCUCUAAGAAACAUGUCAUGAGUUCGAGUAGGAGCGCUUUGACGCUCGCUAUGGCGGUUGCUGCUGGGGUGAUGACGUGCGGAGAAGGAUCUUCUUCCGGAUCUGGUGGAGACUCGUCGCCUGGAUCGAGUCCGACGACAUCUGGAGGAUCUCCUCCUAGGCAGAGCCAUCAUCAUCAUCAUCAUCAGAUGGUGAAGCUUCCUCCCUUGUAUCCUAGGAGUCAAGGGUCUUUUAGUAAUUUGACUUCGUCUCAGUCGUCGUUGGGUUUUUGUGCCUGGAGAUCGUAUUCGGUGGCUGAUUUCCCGAGGUGUUUUCCGGCGACGGCGAGUGGGAUUGGGUUUAAUGACUAUUAGGACAAUGAUCAUGUAACAAUUGUUUUGUUUUGUUUUGUUUUUUUUUUUUUUUUUUUAUAUAUUUUGAAGUAACAACAACAUCCGGAGAACAAUGUAUAGAAGAGUUAUAAGAACUUUUGAAUGGAUUCGCACCUUUUUUUUCAUU